CUCACAGAUUUCAUUCUGCUACAGCUGGUGGCUGAGCAUUUCUGCCUGGCAUGGCGGAGGAUCAGGAGCUGACUCAGCCACACAAAGCUCAACUCGAGCCCUCCCUUCCGCAGCGCACCAGCAACACAUACCGCAGUGCAGAGCACUCUCAGGCCUUGCUCAGUGGCUUGGUAUCUCUCCGAGACAGCAGCAUCCUCUUCGAUGUAGUUCUGGUAGUGGAAGAGAAACCUAUUGAGGCUCAUCGCAUACUUCUAGCUGCAUCCUGUGACUAUUUCAGAGGAAUGUUUGCAGGAGGACUGAGAGAAAUGGAACAAGAAGAAGUUCAUAUUCAUGGCAUCUCCUACAAUGCAAUGUGUAAAAUCUUGAACUUCAUUUACACUUCUGAGCUGGAACUCAGUGUGAACAGUGUACAGGAAACCUUAGCUGCAGCCUGUCAGCUUCAGAUUCCAGAAGUCAUUAAGUUCUGUUGUGAUUUUCUCAUGUCCUGGGUAGAUGAAGAGAACAUCCUCGAUGUAUACAGACUAGCUGACCAUUAUGACUUGAGACAUUUGAGUGAUCAGCUGGACUCCUACAUUUUGAAGAACUUUGCAGCUUUCUCAAGGACACAAGUGUACCGACAGCUACCCUUGCAGAAGGUCUACUCCCUUCUCAGCAGCAACCGUUUGGAGGUUAACUAUGAGUUUGAAGUUUACGACGGGGCACUUUUUUAUCAUUAUUCUCCAGAGCAACUGGAGACAGAUCAGGUCUCCCUAAUGGAGCCCCUUAAGCUACUUGAGACAGUUCGUUUUCCGCUGAUGGAACCCCAGAUCCUGCAAAGGCUUCAUGACAAAUUAAGUCCAUGUCCUUUAAAAGAUACAGUCGCAGAUGCAUUAAUGUACCACAAGAAUGAGUGUCUUCAGCCAAUGCUUCAGAGCUCCCAGACACAGCUGAGAUCAGAGUUCCAGUGUGUAGUGGGAUUUGGAGGGAUGCAUUCUACUCCAUCCAUUGUCCUCAGUGAUCAAGCCAAGUACUUGAACCCCUUGUUGGGAGAGUGGAGGCACUUUACAGCUGCACUAGCCCCCAGAAUGUCCAACCAGGGGAUUGCUGUUCUCAAUAAUUUUGUAUAUUUAAUUGGCGGAGACAACAAUGUAAGUGGUUUUCGAGCAGAGUCAAGGUGUUGGAGGUAUGACCCGCGACACAACAAGUGGUUCCAGAUCCAGUCCCUACAGCAAGAGCAUGCUGACCUCAGUGUCUGUGUUGUGGACAACUAUAUAUAUGCUGUCGCAGGACGAGAUUACCAUGAAGACCUGAGGGAGGUGGAGAGGUAUGACCCUAAAAGCAACACUUGGGAAUAUGUGACACCUCUGAAGAAGGAGGUAUAUGCACAUGCUGGAGCAGCACUGGAUGGGAAAAUGUAUAUUACCUGUGGGAGGAGAGGAGAAGACUACUUGAAGGAGCUGCAGUGUUACGACCCAAAGACUGACCGCUGGGACGUUUUAGCAGAUGGUCCAGUGAGACGUGCUUGGCAUGGGAUGGCUGCACUGCUAGGAAAACUCUAUGUAAUUGGAGGAAGCAACAAUGAUUCUGGCUACAGAAGGGAUGUUCACCAGGUUGCCUGCUAUAGGCCAAGCACUGAUCAGUGGACAAAUGUAUGUCCACUUCCUGCGGGACAUGGAGAGCCAGGUAUUGCAGUCUUAGACAACAGGAUCUAUGUCUUGGGUGGCAGAUCCCACAACAGAGGAAUCCGCAUGGACUAUGUCCACAUUUAUGAUGCAGAGAGAGACUGUUGGGAGGAAGGACCCCAGUUGGAGGAUGAUAUUUCUGGGAUGGCUGCCUGUGUCCUCACUUUGCCCAGGGCUAUUUUAAUGGAAACAGAGAAAUGGUUCUCAGAAUGGCAUGCAGACCGCGUGAAGUAUCACCUUGACUUUCCAUCAGAAGUUAUGAGCGUAUCAGACUGGGAGGAAUUUGACAAUUCAAGUGAAGAUUAGAAAACUUUAAUAUUUAUUUUUUGCCAGUGAAUGACGAAAUUAACGCUUGGAGAAAAUAUUUAGAGAUUUUAUAUGUCUUUCUUAUAUACAUAAAUCAGUAUUUAAAUGUUUGAAAAAUAAGUGUCCUGCACAAAAUGGCAUUCACAGUCAAUAUCUGCCCAUCUGCAAGUGUUCUGCACAAAAUGCCACUUAGAGUCAGUAUCUGCCCACCUGCCAGAAAGCAGCGUUUUUAAAGUAACCACGGAACUGCCAUUUUCCCCCAGUUA